AGAUGGCGGCGCAGAGGAGGAGCCUGCUGCAGAGUGAACAGCAGCCCAGUUGGACAGAUGAUUUACCAUCCUGCCAUCUCUCUGGGGUUGGCUCAGCUCCAAACCGUUCCUACAGUGCAGAUGGCAAGGGGACAGAGGGUCACCCCUUGGAAGACAACUGGUUAAAAUUCAGGAGCGAGAACAACUGCUACCUCUAUGGUGUCUUCAACGGCUACGAUGGUAACCGAGUCACCAACUUUGUGGGACAGAGGCUCUCUGCAGAGCUGCUGCUGGGCCAGCUACAUGCAGAUCAUAGUGAUGCUGAUGUGCGUCGAGUUCUGCUGCAGGCUUUUGACGUGGUGGAAAGAAGUUUCCUGGAGUCCAUUGAUGAUGCCUUGGCAGAGAAGGCCAGCCUGCAGUCCCAGCUACCAGAGGGCAUCCCUCACCACCAGCUGCCUCCUCAGUACCAGAAGAUUGUGGAGAGACUGAAGGUUGUAGAGCAGGAGAUCUCUGGAGGAGCCAUGGCUAUUGUGGCUGUUGUUCUUAACAACAAGCUCUAUAUUGCCAAUGUGGGUACCAAUCGGGCACUGCUAUGCAAGUCCACGGUGGAUGGGUUGCAGGUGACUCAGCUCAACGUGGACCAUACGACAGAGAAUGAGGAUGAACUUUUUCGCUUCUCCCAGCUGGGCUUGGAUGCAGGAAAAAUAAAGCAAGUGGGAACUAUUCGUGGACAGGAAAGCACUCGGCGAAUUGGAGAUUACAAAGUCAAAUAUGGCUAUACUGAUAUUGAACUGCUCAGUGCUGCUAAAUCAAAGCCCAUCAUAGCAGAGCCUGAAAUCCAUGGAGGGCAUUCGCUGGAUGGAGUGACUGGCUUCUUGGUGCUCAUGUCUGAAGGGCUCUACAAGGCACUGGAGGCAGCUCAUGGGCCUGGGCAGGCCAACCAGGAGAUUGCAGCCAUGAUAGCCACAGAGUUUGCCAAGCAGACAUCACUGGAUGCUGUGGCACAAGCAGUAGUGGACCGGGUUAAGAGGAUCCACUGUGACACUUUUGCCAGUGGUGGGGAACGGUCCAAGUUCUGUCCCCGGCAUGAAGACAUGACGCUGCUUGUGAGGAAUUUUGGGUACCCCCUGGGUGAGAUGAGCCAGCCCACACUGACACCAACGCAAGGAGGCCGUGUCUACCCAGUCUCUGUGCCAUAUUCCAGCUCCCAAAGCACAAGCAAGACAAGUGUCACACUGUCUCUUGUCAUGCCUUCCCAAGGCCAGAUGGUGAAUGGUGCCCACAGCAGCUCAACGCUGGAUGAAGCGACCCCCACCCUCACUAACCAAAGCCCAACUGUGACUCUCCAGUCAACUAAUACUCACACGCAGAGUAGCAGCUCAAGUUCAGAUGGGGGUCUCUUCCGCUCCCGGCCUACCCACUCCCUCCAGCCAGAUGAAGAUGGGCGUGUGGAGCCCUAUGUGGAUUUUGCAGAGUUUUACCGGCUUUGGAACAUGGACCAUGGCGAGCAGGGAGCACUGACUGUGUCCUAAGGUGGAAAUCUGCCUCCUUCAGCCACCCUGCGCUCAGCUGUGCAAGCAAAGACUGAGGCAAGACUGGGAGCGCUCCACUGAGGGCUGUGUUCUGCUGAGAGUUAACUCCUAUCCAGGAUAUGCUGAACACUGGGCUGGGGAGCACGUGCAGCGCUCUCCACACGUGUUGCCUGUGCCAGGUACCCAAUCCUGACCAACCUCAUUCCCUCAGGAGCCCUGUGAAUAGGGAAAGGGGUCUUGAAUGCAAAUAAAGGUGCAGAGAGGGCUUCCUCUGGAUAAUGCAAGAGUAGAGGCCUGUACAAAGGCUGUGUGCGUGCGUGUGUAGGUGUGCAUGUGUGUGCCUGCGUGUGUGUGAGCUGUCAUAAUGUUUCCACAACUCGAUUCAUAAUGCUGUGAUUCCAGUGUUCAACUCCAUAGAAGAUACCUCUAUUUUGCAGAAUAAAUAACUUAUAGCUACA